AAUUAGCAUAGUUCCUCUUAGCAUGCAUAAAAAACCAUCACCUUCUAUAUCCCACCUGCCUUCCCUUUUCCAUUCCUAUUCUUUUUCUCCAGAUUUUCUUUCUUUCUAUAUAUACAUACCAACCCUUAACCUAGCUAGUCAAGUUCUUUAAUUUACCUUUAUGUCUCUCUCCUUCAAGAAGUGUCAAACAGCAUACUAUAAUUAAUAUUAUUAUUAAGAAAGGCAGCAAAAUGAAGGAAUGUGGGAAGAAUAGCAGCUCACCAUGUGCAGCUUGCAAGUUAUUGAGAAGAAGAUGCGGGCAUGACUGUGUAUUUGCACCUUAUUUCCCUGCUGAUGAACCCCACAAGUUUGCCAAUGUUCAUAAGGUUUUUGGUGCUAGUAAUGUCAGCAAGAUGUUACAGGAACUGCCAGAGCACAAGAGGGGAGAUGCAGUGAGUAGCAUGGUAUAUGAAGCUAAUGCUAGAGUUAGAGAUCCAGUUUAUGGAUGUGUUGGGGCAAUAUCAUCUCUUCAACAUCAGAUAGAUAUGCUACGAACCCAACUAGCCAUGACCCAAGCUGAGGUGGUCCAAUUAAGGCUAAGACAAUCAACAUCCAUUACUAAUAGCCCACCAAAUAGUGGGUCUCCCAUUAUGGGCUCACAGCCCAAUGGAUAUUUCGAUAUGGAUUUGGAUGCAGAACAGUCCAAUGGCUUCAAUGAGCCCAUGUGGCCAUAUUAGAUGAGUUUUGUCUUUUUAAGUUUAAAAAUGCUGUGUCCUUUUGCCUCUAUAUCUUUUUCUUAUAAGAGCAAAGGUGAUGAGUGUGUUAGAAAGAAAUCAAAUCCUUCAUGGGGUGUGUUAGCAUGAGUGCAUACAAAACCCUUCAAGUGGUGUUGGCCUUUUGGCCGAAAAGAUUAUAUCAUCUUUGUUACUGUGUAAAUAUGUAACUACUAUAAUACUAUGUAAUAGGAAAAUUUUCUUAAGGGGACAUUGUGCUAUUGUCCCAAACUUGUUGGAAGAAAGAUAUCCCUAUAUAUGUUGAUUUUGUCUCCCAGUCUUAUUUUGCUGCGAAACCAUCUCUAAAUCUAUGUAUGUCAAUUGCGUGGACAUUUAGUCGUAAAAUUUAAGUUGUUAAUUAAAGAUAGUACACUUUCAGUUACUUAAUUAUGUCUUCAACACGACUUGUCACGUGUUUGCUGAGGUUUCUUUAUUAUGAGCCUACUAUAUCGCAAUUCUUUUUGAUAAUGAAUGACGAUGAGAGACUCAAAAUUAGAACUUCUCUUUGUUCUAAACCAUGUAAUAUUAUGUAAUCAUCUCAUACAUAAUUUAUGUAUGGCGGUGAGACUUAUGCAUUCAACAUUAAUGUUCCGUAUCCACUUGCAUUAUAUCCUCCUCCGAGCUUCGAUUACACUAGAUACUACUUACUAGCUAUACUAGAAUCCCUUUUAUUUUUUCCAUCGUAAAAGAAGUUUGCGCUGAAGUCUGCAUACUUUUAUUCAAUACAUAGAGGAAGUUAUGGUACGAUUUUACUUCUUCAUUACUAAAAUAUUUGAUUUAUAGCAUUUAUGAAGACAACCUAGCAAUCACCACGUAGUAUAGGAAAUCCACAUUCUUUCAUAAUAUAAACAAGUGAAAUUACAAUUCCUCGAGUCUCCAGCAUGAGAAAAAAAAAAUUAAAUUAGACAUUAGGGUCGAUGAGUUCUCCAUUCAAGAACUCUCUGUAAGCAGCAACUGGCCAGCUGAAACCUCUCCAGACGAGCUUGUUAGCCAAAGGAACAUCAAUGAUGAUCUCCUUCAUUGUUGGCUUCUUUUCAUCUCUUACUGCAAUCAAGUAGCUUCUUCCAA